CCUUGCACUUCCGCCUCUUCUUCCCUCUUCUUUCAUACCCUUUCCUCCAUUUCCCCCUCCUUCCUCCUUUCCUCCCCCUUCCUCUCCCACCGUUUCCUCCCUUUCUGUCCCCAUUCCUCCCCCCUUCGCCCGCUUCUUUCUUACCCUUUCCUCCCAUUCCGCCCAUGCCACCCUCCCACCCCACUCCUCCUCCCCUCAGCCGGUGGAUUUCGCGGACCCAGCAGCAAUGCACGCGCGCAUAGCAACCCACUUCCGCCUCUUCUUCCUCUUCCUCCUCUCCUCCUUCCCCCCCACCACCCUCUGGUCCCUCUUCUCCCGCAUCGCCGCCCCAACCACCCUCGGCCCGCUACGAGACGGAAUCCUCCUCUUCUUCGCCGCCCAUCUCUCGCCACACGCGCCGUCCACGCGCCAACUGCUACAGUACAUCAGGAGCGGGGGGGGGAGUGAGGGUGGGGGGUCAGCUGCUGGUGUGGGGAAGGGAGGGAAGGAGGAGAAGGUUCUAGAAGAGAGGUUGAGAUUGGCCAAGAAAGCGAUUGCCAACAUUGCUGGGACGCCUUACAAGUAG